AUUAAUAACAAUAACAAUUUAAGUUCAACACUAAAAUAACGCAGGAGAAUGCUGGAUAUAAUUGUUAUGAAUAGUUGCGGUACUAUUACUGUUAAGAUGAUGGUGGUGGAAAUGGCAAAGCGUCCGUUAUUUAAAGAUCUGUUGUGUUACAGUCACUGAAGUCUGAACGUUCAUUGAAAUCAUAUUCAUUGUUUUCGUCGUCUAGAUAAGCGACUUCUGGUCUUUGUAGUUAACAAACACAUUUAUAGUUUAAUUUGGAUCGUAAAGUACGAAUUUGUGAGUAUCAUUUACUAGUAAAUGUAUUGGGUUAUUCUGUAAAAUAAAAAAAAAACCAACAAUUAUAAUAUAUGUUAUACAGUCUACAUCUAUUUUUAUUUUGCGAAACCGCUACCUACCUAAAACGCAGUCGACCUCAGAUUUUCUCACGAAAAUAGAAGAAUAAUGCUGUAUUCCAGAAUGAUAUUAUUAGGAUUUCUACCGAUUAUACUGUUCUUGAAGUCUAUUCAUUCCGACAUAGUGGAGUUGAAAAUGCCAGAAGAAAAACAAAAUAUCGACAACGCCUCAGCUGUUACCGAUAAUAAUGUGACAACGCCGUGCGACAGGUUUCUACGAUCGACGGAACUGGAAGUCCGGAAUCCUAGAAAUCACAAAUUUAUCACGUCUAACGGAUGGGAUCGUCAUCGACCUCGUCCCGAAAUCAACGUUUAUCCGCGUGCAGAAGAAACCGUAUUGCCAGCUGUCACUUCAUACUAUCAACACCAACAACACAAUGAGAAUUACUAUAACUCACGCCAACAGCAAGCGCCCAUCAGAACGUCCAAGCGUAUCAUUUAUUACGCUACAUUGCCCGACAUCGUUCGACCGAAUUACCCACCACCGCCGUAUCCCGCCGAGCCAUACAUAUCGCCGUACUCUGCAGCCGACUUCCGUCACUUGGACUCCAACAGACCAAACACGGACGGUCAGCGAACGCGUCUAUUGCCCUACGAAAACAGUUACAACAACAGAGGUCAGACCACUGUUACCACUUCGUCAUAUAAUAGUAGGUACGACGAACCCGCCGAGUUCCGUGACUCAUUUUUCCGGCCCAACGAAUUCUCGUCCAAGUUCACGACUUGGCCGGAAUCGUUAAAAAGAAUUUCCUCAUGGGACAAGGAACCAUUUUAUAGAGUUCCUACUUGGGACAAAGAACCGUUUAACCAAAAUACUGCAUGGGAUAAAGAAACAUUAAAUAGGGGUUCUGGAUGGGAAAGGGAUCUAGUGGAGAUACCGCUACAAAAACCUUAUAACAGCGACAACAAUAAAUAUCCAGAUGUUGCUGUCGUUCAAUCGGACGUCAUCGACGUCAGGGGUAAUCGGCAGAAUACUCCUUCCGAAAGGAGUCCUUCGCCAAGGUUUACUAUUAUUGACGUUGAUCCUAGACCUUACUACCAACAGCCACCGCCUCUACAACACGAAAAAAAUCCGUUACAGUCAAUGCAAUACGAACCUCAACAACCACCAUCGAUGCGGUACAAUCCACAACAACCGCCGUCCUCUCGUUAUGGACAACCACCACAACCACAACUUCCUCAGAAUAAACCUUUUACAACUUACUAUGAAAAUAUAAAGAAUAAUAUAAAAACUCAUAAGUUUGCGACCAGUUGGACAGAUAACGAGAUGCCAAAACCAGAUGUAACUGUUUCUACGCAUUCUGUGAGUAUCGAUAUCUCAUCGUUGGGCAACAAUACAAGCGUACUAAACAACACUAGAAUCACGCCAUUCACAAAUACCACUCGUAUAACAAAUCAAGUGUAAAAAUGUUUUAGUCUGUAACAUUUUA